UAUUGAUUAACGGAAACGGCUCCUAAUUAAUUUCGGAGAGAGGGGUUCACAUUCUAGAGAGGGAGAGAGAUGUCAGCUGGUGCUGCUGGUUCUUCUUCAAGAGUCGUGAGAGCAGCGGCCGACAAGGCGGGAACGGCCGUCCGGCGACAAGUGCUAACCCUGUCGGACGCGGCGGCCUCUAGAAUACGCCACCUUCUGCAGCAGCGGCAACGCCCUUUCCUCAAGCUCGGCGUCAAGGCUCGCGGUUGCAACGGCUUAUCCUAUACCCUCAACUAUGCAGAUGAAAAAGGGAAGUUUGAUGAGUUGGUACAGGACAAGGGUGUGAAGAUAUUAAUCGAUCCAAAGGCUCUCAUGCAUGUCAUAGGAACCAAGAUGGAUUUUGUGGAUGACAAACUCAGAUCUGAGUUUAUAUUUAUCAAUCCUAACUUGAAAGGGCAAUGUGGCUGUGGAGAGUCUUUCAUGACAACAAGCAGUGCAGAAGCAGCAAAACCUGGUCGUAGUUCAGGAUCAUAAAUCACGACAAAAGUUGUAUUUACUGAUAUGUAAGAUUCCAAGAAAUUGCUGUACAUGCCUCCAAAGUUCAAGUUUACUUGUGUCUUGUUUGUUGGGUGAUGUUUCAUAGACUAUUACUGACAGAUCUCACUGCUGUGAAAUGAAGUCGCGGAGAGAAGUUAGAGGCUAGAUCCAAUCUAUUUGCAUGAUAGGUUUUGAGAGACACCGAAAAUACCAUAACUAAGUAUGUAGGUUGUUGGAAUCUUGGACAUUUGUCUCUUCCUUUUCAUCUUGCCAUGUACAUGUCUUGAUUUUUAUAAGCUGGAACGGAUGGCUAUGUGAAUAUGAGGAAUAAAAUUUGCUUCUCCAUUUGAGUUC